AUGCGAAAAAGACAGUUUCUCAAAAGAAUCUCCUGGUAUAAAAAAUAUUAUGGCAUUUGUAAGGAAAGUGUAAAUUCUGAUUCAUAUCUUAUGGAUAUUGAUAAAUUAAAUUCCAAAAUAAAAAGUGAUGCAGAAAAAUAUUUAAAAGCAGAUGUGAUAGACUUGGUGUCUAGUGAUGAAAAUGGUAUUGAUGAUGGGGAUGACUCUCACAUAUCUUACUCAUGUAACUCCUUUCACAGCCAUGAUAAAGAAGAUAUAGUAGUCAUAGUAGCAAAUAGUGAUUCUGAAGAUGAUGAUUACUUUGCAAAUUUAAAGCCAAAAUGUUGUAUAAACAAAAUUAAGUUGCCAGAAAAGCUUAUGCUCACAACACAAGAAAGCUUUUUCUUGUUAUAUGGCCUUGGAUGUUUACAAAUUUGCAGCCUUGAUAACAAUGCUCUAAGUAUAGAACAGUGUUGGGAGUUAUUUACUGAAAAUGAUAAAUACUUUAUAGAAAAAUAUGUUGUGUACCACUAUUUUAGAUCUAAAGGGUACAUAGUGAAGUCAGGUAUUAAAUUUGGCGGUGAAUAUCUUUUGUACAAAGAAGGUCCUGGAAUAAACCAUGCAGACUUUAUUGUUUUAAUAAAAUAUUCUAAUGAAAAAUAUGACUGCAUUUCAAUGUUAGGUCAUGUGAGAGUGGCUUCAACAACAGUAAAGGAAGUGUUAAUUGCAGAAGUUAUUAAGCCUAACAAGGAUUCCCAUAUACUGCUACAAGAUUUGAGUGAUUAUAGUGUACGGGAGCUAUUAGUGUCAAGAAACAUUCCAAUAACAAUAAAUGAUGAUAUUGAGUAA